AUGCUGAGUCACAGGCUGCGCCUCGGAAAGCGCGGACGAGCCACAUGCAGGGAAACUUGCACGUGUGGUUCUGGCCGGGUACCCCGGUCUACUGUACUAAUAUGUGUAGGUCCCCGUAAUUCGAGUGAGAUUGUCAUGGCGCAAAAGCAGAUAUGGUCCGGUAUUCCCUUGUUCCCUGUAUUGGUUAUGUUCUUCAUUUCUCGUCUAGCAGAAACAAAUCGAGCUCCGUUUGAUCUCCCAGAAGCGGAAGCUGAAUCAGUUGCUGGCUAUAAUGUAGAAUAUGCGCGGGAUGCGAUCCUUAAUAGUCCACUGUUGGCGGAAGCCAAUGUCCCGGGGUCCCGGGGACUCAUUCUGACUGAAACAAGGGAUGGGUCUUUACCAACUUAA